AUGUUUAGUGAGGACCGCAACUUGCUAGACUUCGCGCUGUCCCUUUACAAUGGGCACGUGGACCCGAAGAAGAUUGAAAGCUGCCUGACAGAGGUGCUCUCCGAGAUCGACGCCUUUGGCAAACGAGGAGGACUCGCUGUCCGGGAGCGAAGUGCUGAAAAGCGACAUGGCAGCCUUCAGCGAAUGGUACACCGAGGUGGCUGA